AGAAGAAGAGCUUAGUUCACAUUUUGAAUAUGUUUGGAGUAAAGUAGAUGUGCAAGUGAAAAGCAAAAGGAAAAAAAAAAAAAAUCAAGAUUUAAACAAAAAAGUGCAACAGGCAAUAAAUAAUUAAAAGAAGGCAAAUUUAAGUUGUGAAGAGGCAAAUGUGCUAGAAAACAAAAGGAAAAGGUGCAUUAUUGUUGUUCACAUGUUGUAAAGCUAACAAAAAGCUGUACAUUUCGAAAAUUUUGUUAUAAAGGAAAAAAAAAGAGAUAAUUUGUGGAAAGGCGGCAAGUGAAUUUAAAAGAAACGAAAACGAAGAAAAGCAACCUAUCACACUCACAUACAAACAUAGUUAAAAUCCGACAACACAUAACAAUUUUAAAAGAAAUUAUAAAAUUUUAUAAAGAAAAGAUUUACAAUGCGUGCCCAGGAAGUGUACAAAUGUACUCUGUGCCAAAACCGCCAUGGCCUCCGGUACUGCCCAAAAUUCAUCAAGAUGACCGUGGAGGACAGAAGGGUGGCAGUGCUAAGGCACAAGUACUGCCGGAACUGCCUGGCCAAAAGCCAUAUUGUGGACGAUUGCCAGUCGAUGGAAACUUGCAGGAAAUGUGGGUUCCAGCACCAUACAAUGCUGCACCCACGGAAAGUAGCCCUAAAACCCAAAGACUCCAGCGCUACCAACCAAUCUACCCCAUCAAGACAUCAACGCCAAGAGCCAAGAAGACCCAACAAUGGCCAAUCCACCUCAUCUCAGUCCCAACGAAAACCAGCAAGGCCCAACGUAAGCGUCAAAUCACGCCUAGGCCAGCGUAACCAAGUGUCAGCUGGGCAACAGCAACAACAAAAAGCCAGAAAAACCAACAGGCCCAAGGGCCAAAGACACCACCAACAGCCUCAACGCAAGCCUCAACGCAAACCCCAGUCAACCACGACACCGUCAACCAAUCAGCCCAAUCACUUGAUCCUCUCAGAGGCCAUCAAGUCCCUGGCGACCGUGCUUUGCGCCUCAUCAACCAAUUUUGCGUAACCGCAAGGCCGGCGCCAUGGACAAAUUUGGAUUUGUCCAAUUAAUUUAAGUUACAAUUUAUCGUAGAAUAAGUAUUAGACAUUCUGAAUUGUAUUGUGAAUUG